AAAUUCAAAUGAAUAAGUAACGUUAGAUAACAAGAGGAAGGUGCAGGAGAUCAAUUAAUUAAACAAGGAAUAAAUCAAUCCAAUAACAGAUAUCCAAGAGAUGCCGUUCAAGGCUGAAUCUCAGACGACUCUAGCGAGUAAAUCAGGGGCUGUAGAGAAAGCUAUGCAAAUGGAAAUUAAGAAGGUGCCCUGGUGGAACAAAAGAACAAGAAUGGAAAGAAGAUUUUUUCUUAUCACAGGUGUACUAGGUGUACUGUGUGUUGGUCUGAGUAUUGCUAUUAUUCUAUUAGCCAGAGGGAAAAAGAAUACGGGUCCUGAACACAGGUUUCAGUUUGGUGCUGAUGAUAUUAGGCCCGCCUAUCAAACAUCAUCAGAACUACUUGCAGAUGAACCUAAAGUGACCAGUCACCCUGUUAAUUCAAAUAUGUGUACAUCAAAGGGUUGUAUAAGUACAGCUGCUGAGGUCAUGCAGAUGAUGGAUGAGAAGAUAGAUCCAUUUUUCUACAGUUUUGCAUGUGGUCGAUAUAUAGAAGAAACAGUAAUCCCAGACGAUAGAACACGAACAUCAAUGUUCUCUGUUCUUGGAGAUAAACUAGAAGAACAGGUUCGAGGUCUACUAGAAGGAGAGUUUAAACCUGAUGAACCAAAACCCUUCCAAAUGGCUAAAUCUGUUUUCCAGUCGUGUAUGAAUACAGACCUCAUCGAGGAACUAGGUAUUGAACCUUUACACAAACUCUUGAAACAGCUUGGAGGUUGGCCAACCCUAGAGGAGGAUACCUGGACAGGAGAAGGAUUUAAAUGGUAUGAGUUGAUAUAUAAAUUCCGAAACUUGGGCUACUCGGUUGAUUACCUGGUGGAUUUCUCAGUUACUACAGAUCUUAAAAAUUCAUCCUACAGAGUAUUGGAUUUGGAUCAGCCUGGAUUAGGAAUGGCUCGAGAAUAUUUGAUGAAGGGAGUAGAGGACAGCGAUGUAAAGGCAUAUUAUGACUACAUGUUGGAUGUAGCAAACCUGAUGGGAGCAGACCCUGAGCUGGCGGCUAAAGAAAUGAAAGAAGUUUUAAACUUUGAAAUACAGUUGGCUAAUAUAUCUCUACCCAGAGAGGAGAGAAGAGAUGCUUCCAAACUGUACAAUCGAAUGAUGAUCAAGGACCUGUCCAGCCUGGACCCAAACACCCCCUGGUUGGAAUACAUCAACAACCUCCUGAACGGAACCGUUACAGUUGAUGAGAACGAAGUUAUUAUUGUUGAUGUUCCAGAGUAUAUUAAAAAGUUCAGCGUACUGAUUGAAGAGACACCCGUCAGGAUACAGGCGAACUACAUGAUGUGGAGGUCAGCUGCGUCAUCAAUGGGUUUCCUCACUGAAGCAGCAGAUAAGAUUGCAUUGAAGUUUUCUAAGAAACUUACAGGGAAAAGUGAGGAGCCUCCACGUUGGCGAAAAUGUGUUUCUGCCGCGUCCGGUUCUCUCUCGAAUGCUGUAGGAUCUCUGUAUGUAAACAAAUACUUUAAAGAGGAUGCGAAGGCCUCUGCGGUUGAAAUGGUAAAAUUAAUCCGAGAGGAAUUUAUGCAGAUGCUUAGUGAGGUAGAUUGGAUGGAUGAUAGCACUAAGGAUCGAGCAAAAGAAAAAGCACGAGCUAUGGUGGAACAUAUUGGAUAUCCAUCUGAGUUGCUUGAUAUGUCUAAGUUGACUGAUCUAUAUGCUGGCCUGGAAUUAUCACCUGAUGCGUAUCUACAGAAUGCGCUGAAUAUGACAAUAUUUGGAACAAACUACGCAUUUUCAAAACUCAGGGAAAAGGUGAAUAAAACUGACUGGGUGAGACAUGGACAACCCGCUGUAGUAAACGCUUUCUAUUCUCCUUUAGAAAAUUCAAUUCAGUUCCCAGCUGGUAUUCUUCAGGGAAUAUUCUUCUCUGCAGAGCGGCCCCGGUAUAUGAACUACGGAGCUAUAGGUUGGGUUAUUGGACAUGAGAUCACGCAUGGAUUUGAUGAUCAGGGUAGACAGUUUGAUCUAGAUGGAAACCUAGUAGACUGGUGGCAUCCAGAAACUAAAUCUAGUUAUCUGAAGAAAGCGGAAUGUAUAAUUGAGCAGUAUGGGAAUUAUACUAUUCCUGAUCUUGAUAAUCUAGCAGUUAACGGUCUUAAUACCCAGGGAGAAAAUAUUGCAGACAAUGGAGGUAUAAAGGAAGCAUACAGAGCAUAUAAUGCCUGGGUAGCUAAGAAUGGUCCUGAACACCAACUCCCUGGACUAGACUUUACUCCAAACCAAAUGUUUUGGGUUAGCGCAGCUAACGUCUGGUGUGCUAAAUAUAGACCACAGGCGAUGAAAUUACGAGUUAUGACGGGAGUACAUUCUCCCGACCAAUUCAGGGUUCAGGGACCCUUUUCCAAUAUGGCUGAGUUUGCAGCUGACUGGAGAUGCCCAGAGGGUUCCAGAAUGAACCCUGUUAAGUCGAGCAAGUGCAAGGUCUGGUAGAUACAUCAACUGAAUUUAGAUUCAAGAUCAACUGAAUUUAGAUUCAAGAUCAGCUGUUUGAGAUUCAAAAUCAGCUGUUUGAGAUUCAAGAUCAGCUGUUUGAGAUUCAAGCUCACCUGUUUGAGAUUAAAGAUCAGCUGUUUGAGAUUCAAGCUCACCUGUUUGAGAUUCAAGCUCACCUGUUUGAGAUUCAAGCUCACCUGUUUGAGAUUCAAGAUCAGUUGUUUGAGAUUCAAGCUCACCUGUUUGAGAUUCAAGAUCAGUUGUUUGAGAUUCAAGCACAGAUGUUUAAGAUUCAAGACCAGCUGUUUGAGAUUCAAGAUCAGCUGUUUGAGAUUCAAGAUCAGCUGUUUCAGUUUCAAGAUCAGCUGUUUCUAAUUUAAGAUCAGCUGUUUGAGAUUCAAGAUCAGCUGUUUCAGUUUCAAGAUCAGCUGUUUCUAAUUUAAGAUCAGCUGAUUAUUUUGUUUUAUUGUCAGACGAUUACAAAUCUUUGACCAGCUGAUCAAAUUCUUUCUAUCGGCUGAUUACAAAGCUGUUAACAUGGAUGAAUCAGCUGAUUUAAUCUUGUUUGUCAGCUGAACUAUGUUAUUUUGAACAACUACAAAAAAUUGGCCUUAAAAGUAUUUGACAAAGCCUUAAUCGCCAAAAAUUACAUUCAUUAUGACCCGGUCAGGAGCCAUACAUGCAUGUACACAAAUGUUUGUAUCCAUGUACAUAUUAAGUGAUAUGUACUCUUUACAAUGGUAUUUUCCCUGACUAGUAUUACAAUAUAUUUACACUGUUAAUACUCCUCAGUAGACAGAUAUUUUGCCAAAAAAACAAGAUAAAGACAAAUCUUAUCCAAUCCGUCCAUUCAGAUUUUUUUAAUGUUUAAAGUAUAUUUUAUCUUUAUUUAUCAAUGUGAACUAUAUCCCACUGAAUUGAUAUAUUACACAGCACUUGUUUUUUAAACUCUAUUUAAUCUUUAUUUUAAAUCCUUUAUAACACUCUAUAUGUAUUAUUAU